AUGGAUCGGAUCAUAAGCGAUCUACCAGAUGAAAUUAUUAGGCUAAUCGUGAGUUUUCUUGCUGCAAAGGACGCUGCGUCUUUGUUGGUUACCUCAAGGUUGUUUGGGACUCUCUAUACCAUCAUACCAGAUCUUGAAUUCGAUUGCAAAGCUAAGUUUCAGAGGACUUUCACGGAUUUCGUGAGUGAAGCAAUGGCUCGGCUGGAAACUACUACGUGCAUAAGGAGGUUCUCUUUAAAUCCUGAAAGUGGUCUUGAUCCUGAUCGUAUCAACAACUGGCUACGAGAUGUGUUGAAGCAUCGUGGUGUCAUGGUUCUUGAAAUGGGCAUAUAUGGUGAAAAUGGAUAUACAUUGCCUUUGGAGAUCUUCACUUGCAAGACACUCAAUAAGCUGAAACUAGGGCGGGAAAUUGUUAUUAGUGUGCUGCCUCAGAAUGCUUUGCUACCAAGCCUUGAGACUCUCGUUUUUGACUCCGUUCGGUUCUGUAAUCCUGUUGACUGUGCGUUCAAGGCGUUUCUUUCGGCUUGUAUUGGGAUAUUAUUCUACAAAUCAUAUCCCCUGGCUAAGCAAUGGUCUCCUAUAUAUCUCUGUAAUCUCUCUCACGGCAUCGUGUCUAGUCAAAGUCUUCAAAGACUUACUAUUGGUCGUGAGCUGGUAGAUUUUGAAGGGCCUAAUCCACAGUACAUUAGUUUUGAUACUCCAAGUCUUGCCUACUUAGACUACUGUGAUUAUGUCCCGGAUGGGUAUACAACUGUUAAUUUCGAGUCCCUUGUGGAAGCCAAGCUCAAUCUUCAUUUGAUGGUAAAUCGACGAUGGGAUGGACGGUUUGCAAAUGAUGGUGAUGUCUUGUCUAGCAAUGCAACAAAUCUGAUUCAAGGGAUCAGAAAUGUCCAGAUCCUGGAAUUAUCAUCUCCGUAUACUUUCGAGACGCUUUACUUCUUCCAUGAUGCAAUUCCAGUAUUUGAGAAGCUUCAUCAUCUAACUAUGAUAAAUUAUAAUAUGGGAUUCUGUUGGAGGUUCCUUCCCUAUUUGCUAAACAAGGCUCCAAAUCUGAAGACCCUUGUUAUCAAGCGUGGAGUGCACUGUCUUGAACCUGACGAUGCUGAAGAACCUGACUAUGUUUACGGGUGUGUGUUGGGAUAUUCUUGUCUGCUGUCAUGUCCUCUAGAGGUCUUGGAGAUAACUUUAUUGGACGACGGAACCAUCGGUGAGUUGCAGCAAGUGGAACAUUUCUUACGAAAGCUUCCAUGUCUUGAGGUGCUGAGAGUUCAUUCUUUGAGUUGGAAAAGAUUAAGCGACGAGGAAAAGUUAAGAAUCACCAUGGAUCUGCAAAUGCUUCGAAGAGCUUCUUCCAAGUGCAAGAUCCAGAUUAGUUUUACCUAAAAACUUCCAAUACAAGCUUGAAGAAACAGACUCUGGUCAUCCUAGUUAGUUGCAAUAUUAGUCUGUUGGAAGUUGGAACAGAAUGGGACCACAUUAAUUCUUGGUUUCUCUUUUUAUCUCUAGUUACUCUCUCUGUUAUCUUUUAUUCUGAUUCUCCUAGUAAUUAACUAGUAAGUAGUAAACUUUAGUCUGUUGUCUACUUUC